AGGUUUGCCAAACUAACGCCUCGAGGGGCCCCUUGGAGGGAACGCAACGCAGAAGCCUUUUUUCUUCUUCGCUCUCCUUCUCUCUCUCUGACUUCUCUUUCUCUCUCUUCUGUAACAAAUGGUGACUUCUUCUUCUUCCUCGAAAACCAGAUCCAGCGGCCCGGUGCUCCGAUCACACUCGCCGGGCGGCCGGUUCUGCAACUCUUCUUCCUUGUCUUCUUCUAUGUCCGCGUUUGCUUCAUCUACUAGUUCAAACUUUUACUCGUCUACUUCUACUUUUCGUGAUGAUGACCAUCGUGGUUUUCGUAGCCAUCAUCAUCAACCUCGAUCCACCUCUCCUAGCCGUGUCAAUGUUUAUUCAUCUCCUUCUCUUACUCCUUCUGUCCGUUUCUUCAUUGAUAACCGUUCGAGUUCACCAAAUCGAUCGGCUAUCGUUUCCAGGAAGAAUCGACCGGUGUCUAAUGUCAAGAGGACUUGUAUGUGCUCUCCGACGACGCAUCCAGGCUCGUUCCGGUGCAGUCUUCAUAAGAACGUCUCGAGCAGCGGCAGCCAUAGCCAGUCGGCGUCGUUUCCUUCAACCAGGUUGAAUAUGUGGAGAUCGGCCAUGGCGAACUCGAUCGUACGAAUCGGCGGCGUGGAAGGAGAAUUGGUGAAACGAGCAUUGACAACUCUGAUUCGACCUUCUUCACACCAGCAGAGGAGGAGAGCAUCAUUUCAACCUAGAUCUAGUCGGCUCUCGGUCAUGUCCAAAGCGGACGAUGCUUGAAAUCGCAGCAGAAGGUACGGUGAUGUCUAAAACUUUACGAUCUCAGGUUCGAUGAAGAGCAUCGGUUUGUGAACGUUUCUGGUUAAGAUUUAUUGCGAAAAAAUACAGCACGCAUAGUUCAUAUUCUUCAAGGCGGUACCGGAGGUGAAGUCUAGUAGAUUUACAAUUCAGAUCGUGUUUGUUGUUUGCUGAGUUUGUGAUUCGUGAUGAGUUCAGCUCAUGAUUUCGAAGCGCGGGGGACUGAAUCGGCUCGCCGAGUUUUGUACGCAGAGAAGAGAAGGUUCUCGAAAUGCCUCACUGUGACAGAGGAUCGAAGAAGCUAAACCCAACGAUUUUACUCCCUUUGUACAUAUACAUCAUUUGCUGUGGAAGGAGAAUUUCGGACAUUUUUAUUUUGAAUUUGGACCAAACGAAAAGAAAUAUAAAAAGAUCAUAAUUCGAAGAUUAA